AGAAUGAAUCAUUGCAUAAAGAAGUUGUCAUUUAUCUGCGGUUGAAAAUUAUAAGAUAAUUUGGCAUGAAAUAAGUGCGUUUGCCAGCAAAACCGGUCAGUAACCUCACCGUGUAUCUGUAUAGAAUUAUACAUAAUGCAAUCCGUGAUCGUUACUCUGUGAACCCCUCAGGCCGGUUUAAUUAUCACGUACGUUAAAUAUUGAAACUGUCUCAAAUGCUUGUGUUAGCCGACAAGCUAACCCAUGUCAAGUGCUUCUGUCAGUGGAGUGCAAUGGGAAAUCCUCAAUGAUCUUUACUCGCAUUUGGCCAUUGCACGAAAAGGCUACCAAACCAGACGUGUAGCAAACAAUAGUAUGUAGCUCCUAGAUCGAUUAUUUUAAAGCUGCCCAGAUGACCUCGAUUUGAGUACAAGUUAGCUUACUAGCUCGCCUGCUCGCUAGCUUAACAGCUCUACCAUAUUCGCUCUAAAGCGUUUUUGAAAUACUUUUGCAAAAUGAAAGGGUUGUUUUGUUUAAUUCGUAUAACCGUGAAGGAUUUAUUAAGUAGAUAAUAGCUAGUUUAGGUCGUCAUGGGGACCUGUCACUUCAGCUAGCAGGCUAUUAAAGCAUGACUGCAUGAUGGCUUUGCUUUAGCUUCCAUGUAAAAUGGCUGCCAGGCAUUAAACCAAAUCCAUCCUGAUAGUUAUAUAAGUUCUGAUGAGUUAGUAAACAAUUGUCAAAUUUUGAACGAUUAUUUUCCAUUUUUGAAGGGCUAUCUGUCGCCUAAACUCAUGCUGUAGCGCAGCCAAUGAAUUGUUACCCUCCAGCAGAAUUGUGUUAUGACUGUCAACUCUCGCUGAAUAUAAUAGGUCGUUUCUAUAUACUGUUCCUAAGAUAAAUGCUUGAAACUUGUUGUAAAAGAAAUCAAUAAUUUGAAUUCUUUUCUGGAACCAUGCAUGAGGAUUUCACAGUUGCCAUGCGUCUGAUAUGUGCAUGCAUAUAACAUCCGCAUCCAUUUUGGGUUUUUUAUGAAUGUGCCCCGAUCUAACAAUCAGACAUCUUCCAAGUGCAAGCUCGUUCCAAAAGCAUGACCAUUCACUGCACAUGGGUUUUAUUUUUCAUAUUAUUUGAUUUAUCUUUGUUUCCUGUUUGAGAGAUGGGCUUCAGACCUCCUCUUCCUCUGUCCUCUUGCUAACUGGCUAUGCCAACAAAAACAGCACCUAAGAAGGCAAAGGGCUUCAGGACUAGACAUUUUGUUGUGGAAAUUUGGCUCAGGUUUUUCAGCUAGACAAGCAUCUAUUCCUCAGCCCCUGGGAACAUGGCCAAAGAUGCUGGUCUGAUUGAGGCCAAUGGGGAGCUGAAGGUUUUCAUUGAUCAGAACCUGAGCCCUGGCAAAGGUGUGCUGUCUUUAGUAACGGUGCAUCCACAGUCAGUGGUGGUUGGAAAACAGCUGUUGCCAAAAACACUGGGCCCUUCCAACGUGAACAUCGCACCACACAUGGUCAUUAGCACACCUCAGAGGCCCAGUGGCUCCAAUGUAAUCCUAAUGAACAGCCCCCACACACCCAGCUCUCAGUUUAUCACCCAGAGUCAACCAUCGGAAGCAUCUCCGUGGUCCUCGGGAAAGAGGGGUAAGAAGGGGGAGAAGAAUGGAAAAGGCCUCAGACAUUUCUCAAUGAAGGUUUGCGAAAAGGUCCAGCGGAAGGGUGUCACAACCUACAACGAGGUUGCUGAUGAGCUUGUGGCGGAGUUCAGCUCUGGUGAUAAUCAUAUCUCCCCUAAUGAUGCGCAUGUGUAUGACCAGAAGAACAUUCGGCGGCGUGUGUACGAUGCACUCAAUGUGCUGAUGGCCAUGAACAUCAUCUCCAAAGAGAAAAAAGAGAUUAAAUGGAUUGGCCUGCCCACAAACUCUGCUCAGGAGUGCCAGAACCUGGAGGUGGAGAGGCAAAGACGUUUGGAGAGAAUCAAACAAAAGCAGUCACAACUUCAAGAACUCAUCUUACAGCAAAUUGCCUUCAAGAACCUUGUACAGCGGAACCGCCAGAGAGAACAACAGACAAAAAGGCCCCCACCUGCGAACUCGGUCAUUCACUUGCCAUUUAUCAUCGUAAACACCAGCAAGAAAACAGUCAUUGACUGCAGCAUCUCCAAUGACAAGUUUGAGUACCUCUUUAACUUCGAUAGCAUGUUCGAGAUUCAUGAUGACAUUGAGGUGUUGAAGCGCAUGGGCAUGGCUUGUGGUCUCGAGGUGGGCAAGUGUUCUGCUGAGGACCUGAAGACUGCCAGAAGCUUGGUGCCCAAAGCACUGGAGCCCUAUGUCACAGAAAUGGCACAGGGGCCUAUCAGUAAUGUCUAUAUGACAGGGGCUUCGUCUGCUAACGGAGGCCGCUAUCAUGUUGGGAGUGACGGUGGAGCAGACGGCACGAUGGCCUCCAGUUCAAACGGCUCUCGGGUGGAGACCCCCGUCUCUUACAUGGGCGAGGACGAUGACGACGAUGAUGAAUUUGACGAAAACGAUGACGAGGACUAAGCCUGUCCAUCGUGCACAAGUUCUUCCAGCUGCCAUGUCCGAGGAUUGAUCAACCAACAUCAUUCUUUUUCCUCUUCUGCAACUCACCCUUUCUUUCACUCUCUGUCUGAGAAGGGCAUUGAAGAACAUGGGCUUUAAUAGGAUGAGUUGUUUUCAUCCUCGUCUUUCUGAGCUCAGGACAAGCCACAUCAUCACAGGCUGUGUGCUCUGCCUGCUGGGAAUGCUAGUUUUCAGCUGAAGGACUUUGCUGACGUUUAGAGGUGUCACUUUAUUUCCAUUCGCAGCGUUCCUACUGGAUGUUAUCAUGCGUGACCCUCUAAAACCUUCCCUCCCGAAGAAAACCCCACUUGCAUACAGCAAGCUGUUGGAAAAUGUUGUGUGAUCUUUGUGUGAAGUAGUUCUCUUCUGUUUUUGAAUGAUCUUUUUGUUGUUGUUGUUGUUGUUUGAACUUGCUGGCUUGAUUUGCAUUCUGGUGAUUCAGAGACUAAUGAAUCGAAGAACCUACAAAGCCGGCUGCUAUUUUUUGCCCCAUGGAGGGCAGGUCUUUGGAUGUGUGGACUCUUUUCGUAUGCUGACCUGAUGAUUUCUUGCAGGCUUUUUUUGUAGAAUCUCUCCUCCCAUGUGUGUUUGGCUCCUUGGCGUUCUGCAGAGUGCUGCUUUUUUGGAGGACUCUGAGAAGUCGGUCUUUUUUCGUUUCAUUUGUUCUCUUUUGGUUUCCGAGCUUCAUAAGCCAACCUGGCCUAGAGACACUGGAGGACAUCGGAGAUACUUAAGUACCUUAAAGCAGUUAUAGAAAUAUAAAAAUGCUAUUAAGAUUUGUUUCUAGUGUCCUCUCUCCACGUCAGUAAUACCUUGAAGCGUGUAAGAUUAUUGUUGUGUAUUAAAAAGAUACGGGCUUUAGGUCUCUCUCGACUUCCCUUUGAAAAUUUCCUUAAAAACAAAAAACUAAAAAAAAACUGACUCCUCAAAGUAACUUUUCUGUAAUCUAAUAUAAGUUUCAAAUUUAAAUAUAAAGAAUGUUUUAAGAAUUCAAACUCGUGUUUAUUUGCGACACUAAUGUAAUACUACUAAUUUCAAUAAACUUUAUUUUAUAUAUGUGCCUAGUGUGACUAGAUUUGCGUUCAGGAAGUUGACAUGGCAUAAUGUUUUCUAAUUCUUUCCCCAUAGUAUUUGAGAGACUGUUGGUACCUCUUUUUAGUUGAGAAUAUUUGUACUUACAGGAUUUGCUUGCCACACCACAAGCACCGAAAUUAACUGUAAGUACUUAAAUAUUAGAGAAUGUUAAAGCUGCAAUUUCCAGACUUGGAAAAGUCAUGGACAUAUCUCUGACACGUUUUGGUAUUAUAUUGCUCACUGAGAGUGUUUUAUCACUGUAAGUGGACAGGUUUUGCAAAUUUCAGAUUUUUGUCAUGUGACCAAGAACAGUACCAGUGCGAUCCAGAGUCAAGCCCCCCUUCAGGACUCCUCUUCCUAUCACUUCCGUCUUUAUUCUGUUUGCAAAGGCUGUAAACAAGUCGUCUUAUUCCCUGAGUGACGUCUCCCAUGAGCUCGUCUGUUUCAAAGUUGUUUGAGAGACAGUUAGCUUGGGAACUGUUUAGACGAGCAUAAUGUUAGUUUGUCUUUUUGUCACACUUUUCCUUGAGGAUGACUCUAUUAAAAUAGGAUUUGUUGUUGUUUA